GAAACUCUAAGUACAGCCAAAGAUGGAAGCAUCCAUUUUACAACUAUAGAACAACAACAAUUUUUGUACAGUUUGCAGUUUGGAUGUCAAGAAUUUGUUAAAGCCUGUAUGGGAAAUGCUAAGUUUAAAAAUAUUGCYAUACAUCAAGUGGUUAAAGAAGAAAGAGAACAGAUUAAUGGCAUGAACAAUACUAAGCAUGGGUUUGUGUCUACUUUGAUAAAAAGAAAAGAUACUUCCUCAUAUGAUUCCCUUUCAAAAUUUAAUUGGGAAGGUAUUGUAAAGGAAUUUAAAGAGAGAUUUCCUGAAUUAUUCCAAUUAACAGUUGGGAUAAUGACAACAGAUCACACCACUUGUGUGGAUUCCCUUCUUCCAAGAAUAAGUCUUAUUUAUGGUGUUUUAGCUCAGACUCGAAACAAGAAGUUAUCACUGCUGCAAAGAAUUGUGUCUUCACUUCUCACAGAUACCCUUUGUAAUGUUAAGGUAUUUGACCGAUUGAACCAUCUUGGGGUUUGUCUUUCAUACAGUGCCAGCCUUGGCCUGUUGGAUAGCAUAAAAGGUGACUUCAACUCAAAGAUAAUUGAUGCHAUAAAAUCAAGAAAAAGAAUUCGAUUGGUGGGAGAUAAUGUGAAUUUUAAAGUGUCAGUAAGAGACGAAAGAAAGAACCAUCAUGCAAAGAUGUGUCAUUACUUUGGAUCAGCAGUCUUAGCACAUAACCAUGAAUUCCCAUCAUUACCUGCAGAUAAACCGCAGAAGGAUUACAAAACUCUAACACCAAAAGACGUCCUGCCUUCGUGUACUGAUAUGGAUAAUUUGUUGGAUGACUAUGUGUACAUGUCAAUGAAAGUAGCCGCUGAACACUUGACUUACUUUAAAUUUUUAAAAGAGCUACUUCCAAAACAUCUAACAGAUGCCAACUGCAACCAACUGCUUAGCAAAACCCUUGUGGUGCCAUUGAGUGUCUUACCGAAAAAUGAACAAGAAUAUGGUGAUGUUGUUGAUAUCCUUAAAAGUUAUGAAARCACUGUUAAGUCCAUGUUUGAAAAGGCUGGAAAUCAAGUUAACUCAACAACCAAAGUUCACAUUGGUGGGGAUCAGCUCACCAGAGAAAGAUUUUCAGGUGCAAAGCGAUUGAUGAUUGGUUCUCACAAUGAAGAAGACCGUUUUCAAYAUCUAACUCCAAUAACAAGUGAAUUUUUUCACUUGGACAUGAAGUUCCUUGCUCUACCCUUCAAGCACCUUUUUAAUAUGGAGAGUGGCCAAGAAAUUGGAACUAUGAGGGCAGAGCAAAUUAGGAUACAGCGUCAUAGUGUAAAUGCAAGUGUGAAGGAUAAUUACAGUGCAGAUAAAGAAUUCUUCAUUUCUUUUGUUGAUUCAUACAUUGUUGAGAUGAUCUGCAACUACUUUGAGCUUGCCAACACCAAUGCUGUUCCUUCAAAUAAACAGGCACCAGUGGACAAGAAUGAGUGUCUUUCUUGGGCAGAGGAACAUUUCAAGUCAAUGUUGAGKAACUGUGUGGGAACAUUUGUUUACAAAAAGAAAGCAGCAAGUGUUCAUGACUUYGAAACUGUAAAGCAACCAUGUGCAGAUAGACAACCUGACUGCAUUUAUGCAAAGCUUCCUGAUGGAACUCAUUUGAAGAUUAUUCUUAAACUCCCCACCAAUGAAAUUACCAAGACACCACCCGUUAAACCAGAUAAACAGACUGACUAUGCCCACCUUGUCCUUGAGCUUGGAUUAUUAUAUAAAAAUUUGGUCAGUACCAUUAAGGUACCAAAUAGAGACAGAAUGCUGAGAACAUUGAAGUUAAUGAUGGUCCUACUGAAAGUUGACAAUAAUUUGUCUAAGUAUGCUGAUGAAAUACUGCGGUUCCUGAUACAUCAAACUUGUACAUUAUCAGAAAGAGAAGCAGUUGAAAUGUUUUAUGCUAUGUUUGUGAACACACAGGGACAUAUUGAUUCGCACAUACCCGUUGAUUUACAAAUGGAAUACAUCGUAAGAAAAUACAAAGAACACCUCAAACACAUGGUUAGCAACAAAACAGAUGCCAACAUAGAGAGGCAUACAUGUGCACUAGCAGGAAUUAGCGAUAUCGCUGAGCAUUAUGAUAAAACUGCAAGUGUAGUUGUAAGAACUUCCAACCAUGGAACUUCAUCAAAACUUCCUGAUGAACAAAGCAUGAUAGAUGAUUUGAGAGGCAUAUCACCAUUUCAGUGUAUUCCUGGACGAACACAUGCACAUUUCAAAACUGUUAAGUGUUCAUUACUACAACUUCUUGAUUCUGAUCAUUUUCUCACGUGGGUUAGACAUCGCACACCCAUUCAUGGUAGAAGUUUAGGAAAUUGAAUGAAGAAUGUGUCAUAAAGCCUUGAUAUUAGCAUAAACAAGCGAGUGCUUUUAGUAAAAGUGUGAAACAUUAGUAAUAAUAUUUAAUUGUACUAUUUUAUGCAAAUGCUAUUGUUUUCCAUUGUCCAACUAGCACUAUUUUGUACAAUUUAGUAAUUAGUGUUUCACACUUUUUCAUAGUCUUACUUAAUUAUCUCCUCUGAAAUGGUUAAUAAUGUUUAUAAUCUGUGUUGUAUAUUCUGAGUCAACAUGUGGAUAUCUUACAGAAAG